UGCUGUAGCCUGUCAGUCUUUAAAUGACGUGGAAAGACAUGCAGAUGCAUUUCCUGAUGUGUCUUUAGAGCUCAGCUGAACAUGUCUGUUGUGUGCUUGGGUUUCAUUAGCAUCCUGUAUUUGUUCUGCACAACUCAGGCUGAAAAAGUGGGGAACAACGAAGUGAUAUGGAGACAUGUUGGCGGAUCUGUGUCCAUCCAGUGUAGAGUUGCUCAACAGACAACAACCAUGACUUUGAAUAAAGGGCUCAAAAAGGACAUUAGUGUUCUCAACUUAUACGAGGGUGAAAAGGAAACCAUUAAUCAGGAUUUCAACGGCAGGCUUCACGUGGAAGGAGCCUUCCCCACUGUGACAGUGCACAUCUCAAACCUGACAGUAGAAGACACAGGGCCAUACUGGUGUGGCUACGAAUGGUUUGACAAUGAAAAGUUUGAACAACACAAAGCAGCAGGAGAAGGCUCAGUGCUCCUUGUGAUUACAGAAGUAGAAGUAGAAGUAGAUAAGCAGCCGUGCGACAAAAGUCUUCUCCUGGUGACUGUUGUGGUUUCGGCUGCUGUGCUGUUUGGAGUCGCCGUUGCCUUUCUUCUGUGGAUCAUACCCAAGAUACGAAGGUGGCAUGCCACUUAUAAGAUGGAUGAUGGAGCUUCAAGUGAUCUUUAUGAAGACAUGCGUGGAAGACUGCGAAGUUAAAGACAUUCCUGUAAGGCCUGCAAAAGCAGGCCAUGCAGGUACAUAAAAUAUAUCGACUGGGCUCAGUGAUUUGCUUUAUGCUGUUUUUCAUGACUUAUGAGAAUUUAUUUUGGUAUGUAAUAUGUAGUGUAGAUUUGGCUUAGUUUUUAGUAUUUACACAUGAUCUGAAACAAACAUAAGCAAUGUUUAAAUAAUAAAAACACACACAAAAAAAUGUUUUUACUACAUGCAGGUGUCAGAGAAAUGUUACGGUAAGCUUGUCAUUUAUUCUACAAAUGACCCAGUUUAUAAAUAAUACAGUGCUGUACUUGGAUGUGCAAUGUGUGCAAAGUAGGAGUACAACCUCAAUAACAUUCCAGAUGAUGAACGACGACUCAGUGAACAUAAUCCAGGGCCUGUCAAAUACUUUGCCGCUGUGAUUUAUCAUUCUGUAACCAUUGUGUACAUUUAUGAACUGUUCACCAGAGUUGGGAAACCAUUUUACCCAUACCACCAUGCAAUUAAAAAAAAUAAUCUCAGAGAAAUUGCAGUCAAUAAAAAGGAUUAAAACAUUUGUACCGUAUAGUCGAUGAGGUUAAAGGUGACAAAAUAUUAAUAUUAAUAAAAACUUGAAAUGGUUUAAAU